GAACACCUCAGCUUGAUGCACGUUGUGCUGCCUUUCAACUGACUACUCAAUAAUACCUGGCAACAUUGCCCUAUUACUUUGCACAAAGAGACCCAGGCUUUGCUUGGGGUGGUACAACUAUCGACCUGACAUCAUCCCGACACAAGCAACCCCGCCAUCCAUCUCACAACAGACACCGCACGUCUACAACCACACUUCAAGCCGACUGCACAGCAAGACAAAACACCACGAGCACUCAAGACCCAAAUCGCCCACCAUGGCCUGGCGCUCCUCAGGCCCCACAAACGAAGCCCUAAUCACCAACCUCUUCAACAACAACCUCAUAACCUCCCCUCUCGUCCGCAACGCCAUGCUCUCCGUCGACAGAGCCCACUACUCCCCCAAAAACCCCUACUCAGACUCCCCUCAAUCUAUCGGCCACCGCGCCACAAUUUCCGCUCCACAUAUGCACGCCAACGCCGCAGAGUCUCUACUACCAUACCUUCGUCCAGGCAGUAAAGUCCUCGAUGUAGGCAGCGGAAGCGGAUAUUUGACUCAUGUACUAGCGGAGCUAGUCAAACCUGAUGGAAGAGUUGUAGGGGUGGAACACAUUCAGGAGUUAGUUGAGUUGAGUCAAUCCAACACUUCCAAAUCCUCCGAGGGUCGCGAACUUCUCGAGAAAGGAAUAUUGCGAUAUGUAAAAGGUGAUGGGAGGUUAGGGUUUGUGGAUGAAGCGCCUUAUGAUGCGAUUCAUGUGGGAGCUGCGGCGAAAGAGGGGGAUGAGAAUGGAUUGGUAGAGCAGUUGAAGAGUCCGGGGAGGUUGUUUAUUCCGGUGGAGGAUGGGAAGAGUGGGGAGCAGUGGAUUUGGGUUGUGGAUAAGGAUGGGGAGGGGAGGGUGAGCAGGAAGAGGGAGUAUGGGGUUAGGUAUGUGCCGCUGACGGAUGGGCCGCGGUGAUGGGGGAAGAGGUGGUGUCGUGGAGGAAGGUGAAGAGACGACUAUAUAUCGCAACGAUUAUUGUUGCGAUGGUCGCUUGUGCAUACUGAUCUCACGAGGCUCACGGGGCUGAGCCACGAACAAGAAGAGGACACGCUGUAAAUGGGCAAUGCCAGCAGACGCCGGCGAACACAUCUUCACGCAUCGGCAUCCUGGUCUGGCCAGAGAGCCGUAGGUGAAGCAAGACACAACUUCACAGACUUCAUCCUCUGCGGCGCUCAUGGAAACACUCUCAGAAUCGCAGGAAGACCACGACAAACUACUGGCAG